AAAGUAGACGUGGCAGUGACGUUAAUGCCGGAAAUGACCCGGAUCGGAACUUUAACUCCUGGGUUGAUUACUUUUCACCAGAAACAUCGACGGUUCUAGAAAAAUGGUCUAUUUUUGAUUCAAACAUGUGCGUAGAUUUGCCCGUGACGGAUACCCCACCCUGGAUGUGAGUUUGUCCGCCCACCAGGAGGUCUUCUAUCAACAUUAGACAUCAGACGAGGAGGACCCGGCAGUUCCAGGUGGUCUCUGGUGGUCUCCGGUAUCCAGCGGGCUGGUGACCGCUCAGCCUCGGCAAGAUGACGUGUCGUGAUCGGACACUCGAGUUCCAGUCAGCCUGUAAAUCACUCCAGGGCAGACAGCAGAAUGGAGUCCAGCCCAGUAAGCCAGCUCUCAAUGCCCUCCGGCAGCGCAGUGACUUUACUGUUAUGGCUAAGAGAAUUGGGAAAGACUUGAGCAACACAUUUGCCAAAUUGGAAAAGCUCACUAUUUUGGCAAAAAGAAAAUCUUUAUUCGAUGACAAAGCAGUGGAGAUCGAGGAGCUCACAUACAUCAUUAAACAAGAUAUCAACAGCUUAAACAAACAGAUUGCGCAGCUGCAGGACUUGGUGAGGUCUCGUGGAGCUCCAGGAGGUCGACAUAUCCAAACCCAUUCCAACACUAUAGUGGUGUCAUUACAGUCUAAAUUGGCUUCAAUGUCCAAUGACUUCAAAUCAGUCCUCGAGGUCAGAACAGAGAACCUGAAGCAGCAGCGCAGCAGGAGAGAGCAGUUCUCGCAGCCUCCGGUCGCCUCUUCUCCUCUAAUGGCCAACAACUUCAGGAGCCGCAAAAAAGGGGCCCAGGAGCCGCAUGCAGCUCGCGAGCCGCGCAAUGACUACCAGGGCUAUACAACCUCAAAUUUAAAAGAGAGCUCAGUCUUGAUGCAGGACGAAUCCAGGAGUCUGGGGGAUGUAGCCAUCGACAUGGACUCCCAAACCAAUCCCUUGCAGCUCCAGCUUAUUGAUGAGCAGGACUCAUACAUCCAGAGCCGUGCAGACACCAUGCAGAACAUUGAGAGCACCAUUGUGGAGCUGGGUUCUAUAUUUCAACAACUGGCACACAUGGUCAAGGAGCAAGAGGAGACCAUCCAGAGGAUCGACGCUAACGUGGAGGACACCCAGCUCAACGUGGAGGCGGCCCACACAGAAAUUCUCAAAUACUUCCAGUCAGUCUCCUCCAACCGCUGGCUGAUGAUCAAGAUCUUUCUCGUCCUCAUCGUCUUCUUCAUCGUCUUUGUCGUCUUCUUUGCUUAAAGAAAAGAAGAGCAACUGAAGAAGAGGAGGGAAAUGCACACGGACGGAGCAGAAGUAAGACUAAGCUGUGCUGAGAUGACAUGCUCAGUAUUUGAAGGAGAGGCUUCUCUAUCACAAACGGUUUGAUGGAGGUUUGGGACCUACUCAGAAAAAACAGACUUUGCGGAUUUUCCCAAUCCACAGACUUUUGAUCUUAAUUCAACAAUGCAAUUCUCUGCCACUGCAGAAGGAGGACAUUGAAUGCUGUCCAAAUAAAAAGAAUAAAUUAUCUCAAAUCAGUGAGCAGAAUACUGCUCUUUACUUCAACCAAGAGUUCACAUCUAAAUGGCUAUAAUUUAAUGGUUUGAUUCUGCAAACUGUCUUUUUAAUUUAGAGUUUCUUGUUUACCCCCUUUGUACAUGUCAUAAAUUAUUUGUAUUUUUCAAAGCCAAAUACCCAAACUGGAGUCCUCAAUUAACCCUCAAUCAUUUUGUCUCUUAGAUGUUCUUGACUAACUUUUUAUUGAAGAGUAUGACUGCCACUUACCAACAUUUUUCUGUUUUGCUUUUGAAGUUUAUUUGCCAAAUGGGUACUCUUAGAAAACUGUGACAUGUUAGGAGGACACUCGCACAAAGCAGAGGAGCCAGCUGAAGGGAACUUCAUACAUGAGCUGUACAAAAUGUUGAUGAGCAGUCAUAAAACAGCUGUUUUAAGUGAAACUGUUUGGACUGUCUGGUUGCCUCGCACAUUCAGGGGUCGGAGACAGACACAGUGAAAUGAUUCUGAUUUGACAUCAGUGCUAAUGAAGGGGUUACCCUGGUUGUGAAGUUAAUCAGCCAGACUCCCUGAAGUGUCUGGUUGGAUGUCACUGUUGUAGUUGCUUCAGUUCUUUAUAGAUCUAAUGUACAGGAACUUAUUUAAAAAGACCAUGACUUUUUAAGAAGAAAGAAAGCAUUCUUCCUAUUUUUUCCUGUCUGUUUUUUUUAGCCAAAUGCCUUGACUUCAGUGUAUAAAGUGCAAAUAGUUAUAAUGAUGUAUUAAGAAAGUGCAUAUUAAUAAAAUAAUAAUGGGGUACUGGCA